AAAAAAAAAAAANAAAAAAAAAAAAAAAAAAACACACCCAACAACAACCUCGGCAGCCAUCGCCGCAGAUUACAAUAACCUUGUAGCUACCCAAACAUGUCUCCCUCCAAAACCACCACUUUUUUCAUCGUAGCGCUCCUCCUCCUCUUCACACUAUCCUCUGCUUCUCGCCCUCUCCCCGAGUCUCGUGAGGCCACCACCCUCAACAAAACCCAACAUGAGGUGAUUGAGAAAGAGGAGAGCUGCAAAGGGGUUGGGGAAGAAGAGUGUCUGAUGCGGAGGACUUUGGCGGCUCACCUUGAUUACAUCUACACACAGAAGGAAAACAAACCUUAAAAUUCACGCUACUGCAGAUCAUACGUUAACCACUGAUUAAGAAACAGUGUUUAUUAUUUGGUCUGUUUCUUAAUUAUGUGUUUUUUCCUAUGAAUAUAGUGGGGCGUCUGCAUAUGCAUGUGAUAUGUAACGACUCAGUUAAAUUACUACUUAUAAUCGCCAUGAAUGUGUGUUCAAAAGCUUCUGUUUCCGUUUUUGGUCGUGCCUAGCUAGAUUGUACUGGCCUUACGCUACGUUUGGUUCAUUUUUCUCAUAUAUAUACCCAUUGAGGAAAACUGAAAUCAUGAAGAUGUAUGACUGGUAAAUUUGGUUGCUAUGUAAUACUUUUCUUAUAUUAUAUAAUAUAAGUACGGAGAAUGUUUAUAUACCUA